UAGCGAGGACUCACUUCAAUGAUCGUCCGAGGAUCGAAGGCUCAGUACUGCUAGAGACGGCGCGCGCGCAGAACGUCAUGCUUUCCGCGGCGAUUUUCCUAAUCGCGUGCUCGGCAACCGCCGCCUUCGACCCGAAAACUUUUAACACAACACUACUAAACCAUGAAGUGCUACAAAGACUAACACCUAUAUUAAAUUCAAAUAGAACUCUAACUGACAAAGAUUAUGCGUUACUUAAUAGGACUAUUCAAAAUUUGGGAGUGGACAAAGAUUUAGUGGCAAAGUGGACUGACUUAGUUAGACGCAAUGGUACGGUUCCAAAGGAUGCUGUUACGAAAGUUGUUGAUGAUGUUAAAUCUUCUACUUAUGAUGCUUAUGGGGAUGAGAUAGGGAACAGAGAUGGGUCAGUCAGGCACGUGGAAGAGUCUCCUGAUUACGCUUCUUCAGUGGUGUUGGCCAGCGAUCUGCUUUCUUUGACCAGUGCUGUUGCAAGUGUGAAAGAAACUGCAUGCAGAGAACAUGGUUACAAGUUUCUUGAUGGACUGAUCAUGAACAAGAGAUGGGCGUUGAAAAUGUUCGAUGCAUCAGCAAAAUCCCCACAAGGUCUACUCUUCGGGUCUUCAUACCACUUGGGCAACUUCGACGAGUGCGUGGCGAUUGAAGACCCAGGGUAUAAUGGAGUCACUAUCGAGGGACAGUACUGCCUCGCUACUAUCAAGUGGAGGCAAAAGCAUGAGACUAAUAAGACUCGAACAGGACGCGGUGAAACUCUUCGCUGGGCCGUCUGCGUACCAAGCGCCUGCCACGCGAAGUCAGUGGCAAGUUUCGUGAGCAGCGUGCUAGCUCACACCGUCAGUAACACCACAGGCGUCGAGGUUACUGAGCGGGACUGUUACACUAGGAGACCUCUUGCUAUUACUCCGUUGGAUGUCGGUUAUCUAUCACUGAUCCUGCUCUUCAUCACAAUCCUGUUCUUCGCCACACUCUACGAGACCUACACAAUCUACUACGGUUCCAAGAAAGAGUCUAUCAUCUCCACCCUGAUUAUCUCCUUCUCCAUGAUCAACAAUAUGAAGAAGAUCAUCUCGACGAAGCAGCACAACUCCUUAGGUCUCGAGUGCAUCUCUGGCAUCAAGGCUUUGGCCAUGAUUUUCAUUAUAGCUGGUCAUGCUUGCAUGUUUAUCGCUAGUGGACCUGUUAUGGAUGCCGAUGCUUGGGAUCGGUUGGUGCGACAACCAGUAAAUGCCUUCAUGCUCAACAACACUUUGUUAGUCGACACGUUUCUGAUGCUGAGCGCUUUUCUGUUCUCAAGACUGAUGCUCGUUGAAUUGGAGAAGAGACGAGGCAAGCUCAAUGUAAUUCCGAUCUUGAUCUUCCGGUACAUCAGAGUAACUCCAGCAUACCUGGUCGUGAUUUUGUUCUACAUGACCUGGUUACCUAAAAUGGGAGAAGGUCCUCUAUGGCAAGACAGACUGCUUUUGGAACAAGAAAGAUGCAUGUCUUCUUGGUGGACCAAUAUUCUGUACAUCAACAAUUACGUUAAUGCUGAUAAAAUGUGUAUGUUCCAGUCUUGGUACCUCUCCGUGGACACUCAGUUGUUCUUCAUAGCACCCAUUUUCAUCUACAGUCUUUGGAGGUGGAGGAUAUUUGGCCCUGUACUUCUCUCAGUUGCUAUCCUCAUCUCUUUGGUUGUUCCUGCAUUCAUCACCUACCAGGAUAAACUGGAUCCCACUCUUUUGUUUUAUGCCAAAGAAUUCACCGAUAUCAUUUCCAACUUUUACUUCAACGAAGCUUAUGUGAAGACACACAUGAAGAUGAUCAUUUAUUUCAUGGGAAUUUUAACUGGAUAUGUCCUGCAUCGGAUACAGACUGAAAACUACCAGUUCUCCUAUGUUCUAAAAACCUUCGCGUGGAUCAUCAGUCUUGUUCUUGGGACCGUUACCACCUUCUCCGUGACCAUUUUCUACCAGGAGUGGUACCAAUACAGCGCUCUUGAGGCUGCAGCAUACAUUUCUUUGCACAAACUUGCCUGGGGUAUUUGUAAUGGAUGGCUUAUAAUUGCCUGUGCUACUGGAAAUGGAGGUAUUAUUGGAAAAUUACUAACGUGGAAGUUCUUGGCUCCGUUUUCGAGGUUAACCUUCUGCGCUUACUUGGUGAAUGGCAUCGUUGAGCUGUACUACGUUGGAGAGCUGAGGCAUCCUCUACAUAUCACCUUCUUUACAGUUAUGGCGAAUGCGAUAUCUCACAUAGUGCUGACAUUCUUCCUUGCCCUAUUUCUAUGUUUGACCUUCGAGUCACCUCUUCAUGGUAUAGAGAAAAUCCUCCUUAGGAUGUUUGCUCGACCAGUCCUAAGUGACAAUGCAAGAAAGGACAUAUCAGCAGAAUCUUCGAGAAACACUAGUCAAUCUAAACUAGAUUCGUAGCUCAGUGUUAAAUUCUUAGUACGAUACUUUAAUUGAGAAUUACUAUGUGAUAUUUACAUAGGUAAUUCUUUACUUAGGUAGAUUGAGAUUUGUAUGAUACCCCAAAAGGUGUUAACUGCUUGUAUGUCGUUAGCUAUAAAACAAUAGAAAAACAAUUGUGUCCUGCGUAUACAACGGGUUAGUAAAAAUAUCGAAAACGAUGUAAAACGAAAGAAGAAUUUAUGUAGUAUUUGUAUUUAAAAGUUUUCGUAAUUAAAUACCGUAAAUAGUUAUGUGUGCUUACAACAGAGCGAAUUUUGAUUGAAAAAUCUUUUUUGUUUGGGAGAAGGUUUUAGAAUUGGAGUUUUAUAAUUGGGGUAUUGUACCAAGUACUACGAACAAUAAUAGGCUCAAUUAUUUUAAGGUCAUAGGUAAAUCUGUAAAUAUUUUUAGACAUAAGUAGGUGUAUUAUUAGAUUUAUAUCUUUUUUACGUUUUUAUUUAGGAAAAGAUAAUAUAUUACCAUUUACAAUAUUCCCGUUCUGCGAUAAAUAUAAAAAAUAUGCCCUCAGUAUCACUAACCAGUAAAAAUAUUGCAAUAAAAAGUUAAUAAAAAUGUUUUAUUUUUUCCCGAAAGUAUCAGGAAAUGGAGUGAAUUUUUUAUCACCAAAAAUUGUGAGAUCAUGACUGUGAAUUUUUGUAGCAAUCCAACAAAAUAAUGUUUUCUUAUUUUGAGCUUUAAUUCCGAUGUUACAUAGUUCAAAAUUCAUUGCAGGUUUAUUUAAAUAUAAGACUUACGAGAAAUAUUUCGACAUAACCAAGUUAUGAAAUAAUUUGGUGGAAUUUAAGAGUUGUAUCGAAGAUGUGAUCUUUGAAAUGAAAUAAAAUGUAUUUUAAGUAGGUACUAUUAAAUAAACUGUUUUGUUUAUGGCUGAUUUUGUACAUAAUAUUUACGUCAUAAAGACGCAAUUUUUUACGACUCAAUUUAAAAUUAAGGUCUAAUGAAAUAAUUUCAUAUCUUUAUAAUUGUUCAAGACUACCCUUUUCUUUCAAGAAAAUGUGUAAAAGUUAUCUUAAGGCUUAUCAAGAUUUUAAUAGUAGUUUGUGAAGGGAUUAUUUCAACGUCUAUUGCUCAAACCCGCAUAUAAUUUACUAUAAAACGUCAUUUACCUCAAUGUAUACAAGAUUAUUUUAUAUAUUUUCAUAUUAAAAGACAUUAUUUUAAUUA